AUGAUUUCCAAAGAUUAUUACACAUGGAAAUUUGCGGAUGCACCACCAGAGGAUGUGGCCGCUGAAUUGUUGGAGGUGGACAGCGCGCUUGUUGUUGCGGCUGUCAUAGGCAAAAGCGCCGACUUUGCGGCAAAUAAGAUGUGCGCCUUUGACAUGGAGCGCCCCAAAGGCCUUAAGCUAGAAGAUGGACAAAUAUUAUGCUACUUCAAGCCGGGCACGCAGAUAUUAUUCCUGCACUUUGAAACUACGUACGAUGAAGCGUUGCUAAGCCAGCUGUUGGCGAAGCAGACGGCGCCGCUGGACAUUGACAGUUUCUAUGAGCAAUUGCGAAAUCGUUUUGUGCGUCAAUUGCUGCUGGCGCUGCAUGUUUGCCACAUUGUGUUGUAUGUGGAAAUCGCGCCCACCUUCGACCGCAGUCUGCCAAACAUAUUCCAGCUGCUCAAGUUUGUCAGGGAGCAGCAUUUGUUGGAGUUUAUGCCGCAAUUGUUGCGCGAGAGUGGCAUUCAUUGCGUGGGCGAUAAGGCGCGUCUCUGCGCACCACGCUUGCUGUUUCUGUUUGAGAAUUAUCCAGAAGAUGAGCAAAAAACACGCGAGUGCAUCUCAGCUUAUGAGUUUGAAACGGAGGAUAUUGUCUAUGAGCAGCUGCGUCAGCAUCAUAUAGUUAACAACACUUCAAACAAUUCGCUGCUGGCGCUACCCAAUAACAAACAGUUUGUGUUCUACAAUGCGUACGAGCCGCUGCGUCCGGAUUACAUGCAUCCUGCUCUUGAAUUGUUUAAGGAUUCUUUGUACAGUGCGGAGUUCAACGAAGACGAAGAUGAUUUUGAAGUGUUAGAGUUGGCGCCCUUUGAGGGCUUCGCCAGACCCACUGCGCCGGUAAAUGAGCAAGAGUUAGAGGAGCAGAGCUUUAAGGAAAAGCACAACGUUUGGCAUUUUCUUCAGCGUCAUGUGCAGGAUGCAUUAAAUGGCAACUACGACGAGGGUUCCUUUAAGCAGCAAACGCAGGCGGCACAGUGUAAGCUGCUAUCCUUCAAGGAUUGGCUGCCCUAUAUGCAGACCAUGCAAAAGUUUCUCAUAGCAGCGGAGCAGAAUGCAAGCUUUGCCAGCAGAAAUGCAGAAUAUCAAGCGUAUGUGCAGAACUUUGAGGAGGACCUGAGCUUUGAAAAAAAAUUCUGGCUCCAUCUCUGCGAGCUGGGCUUGAAGAAGGGCAUUGCUUAUUAUAAGCAGUCGGCCACCAGCUGUUAUGACAGCACCAAGCACAAGCAGCUGCUGGCAGAUGCUUUUCUGGCCGUUGAGGAGGAGGGAGUCGGUCCAUAUGCCACGGCUGCUAUGGCAAAGCUUAACGAUAUUUGCUCAAAGCAUUGGCAGGACGGACGACAGAUGUGUGAGCAGCUUAGUCUGCGUGGAUUUCCCUGUACACAUCCCAAGGAUUUGCCGCAUGACAAACAUUUCACCGGAGUGGUGCACGUAUCCACCUGCAACUGUGGACGCACACAAGGACGGCGCGACGAUCCAUAUACGCUGCGGCAGGCCAACUAUGAUUACUACGAAGGCAUGGCCAACAUGUGCUCGUUGUGUUUGAAGGUUAAAAAGUUUCACUUUCCGGUAUUUGCACCCUCGACAAGCGAAUAUCGUGCUGCAGCCUUCGAGGCAGCCUAUCCGCAGCUGCGACCGGCGCCCAAAAUUCGCAUACGAGAUGAGCAGCAGCCAGCGCAGAGUGAGGUAGAGGAGCUGCCCUACUCACAGCCACUUAAUGAUGUAGAACAGAGCCUCGCCAAGGGUAUGCAGCUAUCCCCAAGCAAUGGCUGCUCACAGCCCAUGUCGGCUACAUAUGGCUCCGAUUUGAACAUGUCCAUUGUGGGCUUCGGUCCGUCACUGCAUGAGGCGGAAGACUUGCCUGAGCUUCACUCACAGCCGAGCGGUCACUGCCUCAGCAGCAGCGAUAGCAGCAGCAGCUCUAAUGACGAACCGGAGAUGAUGCUGCAAUGCAAAACUCCCAUGGUGCGAGUGGGCAAGUAUACCUUUACGCUGGGCAGCAGCGUGGUGCCAAGACUCACACAGAGCGCCUACUGGAUCUUACGUCUUCCUUAUGUCUAUCAAGGCGACAAUGAGCUGCUUCUGCCGCCGGAGCGACUGCAGCCGGAGAAUAAAACGGAGGCUUACCUGCUGGCAAACAUGUUUGGCAUAGCCGAAACGGAGAGCAUGGAGCUCAAGGAUAUCCAUAUACCCUCCAUGACCUUCACGCGUCUCUGACGAAAGAGGAACUUUUUUUUUUAAUACACAUUUAAUUAUUAUUUUGUAAUAACCUUUAAUGUUUAACUCUAAGGCCCGCAAGCAGCUUGUGCGGUUCUUUUCUGAGUUCUGGGAGGGAAGCUACAUAUUUUUGCUUGAAAUAAAUAUAUCUCAGGAGCAGCAUAUAAUGUUUUAAUACCUAAUUUUAUAAUACCAUUUAGAGUAAUACGCUUAAUGAUGGCCAAG